AAGUCGCAUUUAUGUUAGAAGAAACAGGUGCUUUCCUUGAGUCUCAGCAGCAAAACGACGGUUUUGCAUUGCGUUUUGAGAAAUUCGCGGCACUGUGGGCACCGGAGAGGAGGAAGGGAAGGAACAGUGUAUUUGAGAAGGAGAAGGAGAAGGAUGAUGGAGUUAAAGUGGAGUGUGGUUGUAACGGUGGCGUUCACCGUUUUUGUGUUGUGGUUUGGAACACUGCACGUCCAAGCCUCUAAUUCUGUUUCCGCCUUCGUUCAAAACUCCAUCUACUCCAACAGAAUCACCCUUUUCUCCAAAUCCUAUUGCCCCUAUUGCUUGCGCGCCAAACGCAUACUUGCUGAACUAAACGAGAAACCGUUUGUGGUUGAGCUCGAUUUACGAGAUGAUGGGUAUGAAAUUCAGAGUGUUAUUCUGGAUUUGAUCGGUCGAAGGACAGUGCCACAAGUAUUUGUGAAUGGCAAGCAUAUCGGUGGAUCAGAUGAUCUCAGUGCUGCAGUCCAAAGUGGUGAGUUGCAGAAACUUCUCAGUGCAAGUUGAUGGUGUGCUAGAGAUUUACGAGCACUAGCAUAGUAGCAUCUACUAUUCAUUGGUGUGCGGACACUGAUAUCUUUGAUCGAUAAUGAGGUUUUCAAGCAUAUAGCAGAAUAGUAUAUUUCAUUUUUUUUUUGGUUAUAUAGGCGACGGUGUGUAUUCUUUAGUACAGGAAUAGCCUGUCGUUUCUUCAUUCUGCUUCAAAUCCACGUGUAUUCUUCGUAUAGAUAUGUAGUACUCUUGAAAUGACGAGCUCUGAAACGUUGAGUUUCAGCUCUAGUUGGUAAAUUUUCUCUGGGUUAAACUGUU